AUGAGCUCAUCUCCGUUUGAGGAUCACGUAGAGACGAGGCAGCUGGAAGGGCUCAACUAUGUGAGACUUGAAAAGGGCAUCGUCAAUGGCUACAUCAAGCUCGGCGCGCCCCGGCUUGCCGCGGGCCACGAGGGCGACGACAACCGCCAGAAGAGCCCGCACAACAAACUGACCGUGUGGUUGAGGGCCCACCAGUACCCAGAUCAAUGGUUCGAAGAGCUUCAUCCCACCGACCAGAGAUUCUUUGGCUUUUGUGAGUUCAGCACCAUGCGCAUUUACAUUGUCGCCUGGUGCUCUGGCCGGACAGUGCUCCGGAGGACCAACACUUGGCUGGUGGACAUUGCGCAGAUGGCUUACAAGGACAACUGCGUCAAGCAUGCGCUGCUCGCGCUCGCCGGCACCUACGUCUUUGACUACCGGCCGCUGCAAAAGUACAAAGACAUGGCCGAGUAUCACUACAAGAGGGCGGUGAUACUGCUGAGCCUGCAGCUCGGUGCCGCUCGCAACGACAGCCUGAGCGACGGUGACAUGGAGGCCGUCCUCGCCGCCAUCGCCCUGUUGAACAUGAACGAUGUCGUCUGCAGCGAGCACUGGCGCCUCCAGAAGCGGGUCCCCCGCUGGCUGGACGGCGCCCGCCUCUCCUGCCAGCUGCUGGACACGUCGGACCCGGGCCACCGCUACCGGGAUCCCGUCAACAUCCAGCCGUCGGACGCCCGCGUGGGCAACGCCAUCCUCGCCAGCAGGGCCGCCAUCUUCGCGCUCCCGAUGAUGCCGCUCAUGCUCGAGAACACCAAAGACAAGCAGUUCGUCUGGCUGCUCCAGGGAUCCGAGCUGAACACGAGCAGGAUCCACGGCGGGUGCGGCAUGUCCCCGUCGCUCCUCUACCAGUUCGCCCAGAUCACCCACACGGCCGCCCUCACCCACCUGGACCCCGUCGACAGCUCCUUCUUCGCCGGUCCCAUGGCUCUGCGCAUGCUCCACGACCUCCUGGGCCUCUCCCAGUGGUACGAGUUUGAGCGGGCCACGGGCGUGACCAAGGUCAAGGUGGACAUCGACACCAUCGCCGGCCUGCUGCGCUCCGGCCACCUCGACGCCCACGGCGCCAUCAACUCCAAGGAGGGCAUGACGGCCUCGACCGCGGAGGCGUGGCGCUUCGCCGCCAUCAUCUACCUGCAGUGCCGCCUCCUGAGGCUGCCCCGCAACCACCCGGACGUGCUAUGCCAAGCCGCCAACCUGGCGGCGACCAUCCGUGUCAUGCCCACGUCGGGCUACAUGUUCACCGCGCAAGCGCCCUUCUUCCCCGUGUUCCUGCUGGGCGUCGUAGCAGUAGAAGAGGAGCACAGCAAGUGUGCCCUCGACUGGUUCGAAUCGGUGACCGAGACAAAGUGCCGCUCGAGCGUCCCGCCCGCGUAUGAAGCUUUGAAAAAGACCCGCGAGUGGAUGGCGUCCAACGUCCACGACGCGCCGCUGCCCAUCCCGGACCGCAUCGUGGAUCGCCACGGCUGGUGGGAAGACGUCGUAGAUCACGUAAGCAAGACUUCGGGGACGCUGUGCUUGGUCUAG